GUGGUUCAGCUCAAUUUCUCAGAAGAAAAAGCUCUUCUGUGGCAUUUCUGACAUCUUCUCGUGCAUUCACGCCUCUACACAAGCAAGGGAGAGUCCCUCACCCCCACCCCCGGGCUUCCUGUGACUGGCUGACUUCGGAGAACCUUCAUGCUGGUUUGGUGCCCAGGUGCAGCCGAGGCAGGCAGCAAAAGUUUGAUUUGGAUCAUUUUUUUUUUGCAAACUGGGCAACUUCGCAUCAAAGAGUGGGGGGAAUAACUAAGAUAACGACAUCUGUGGCUCUCUGAAGAAAGGCCAGCAUGGGAAGCAGCCUCCACCUCCUCCAUGCCACGCUCCUCGGCUUGCUCUUCACAGGUGUUGUCAUCUCUGAAAACACUGGACCACAACCAAAUGUAACCAUCCAGUUGGUUUCAAAGCAGAAGGAGAGAACGGUCAGCCUGCGGUGUCAAGGAAGGGAUGUGGCUACCUGGUUAAAAGACGGGGUUGACCUACAGCAGGGGGGUCAGGAACUGCUCUUGGGCUCCCCCUUGGAUGACCCACGAGGGGUCUACUCCUGCCGCACAAGCCCACGGAAUGAAGAGGCCUCCUUGCAGGUGUAUUUCCGAAUGUGCCAGAACUGUAUCCAGCUGGACUUGCCCACAGUCCUGGGGCUUCUGUUGGCCAGCAGCGUGAGCACAGUGUUCCUGGCAGUGGCAGUGUACUGCCUUGUCACAGGGGAGCCAGGCUGGCAGCCUCAAGCCUCGGAUAAACAGACCCUCCUGGCCAACGAGCAGCUCUACCAGCCUCUUGGAGAGCGCAACAACGGACAAUACAGCCACAUAGGGGUGGCCAACAUGCGCCGUCGUUGAGUGGAGUGUCGGGGACCCUUUUCUGCCGCUGCCCUUCCCUCUGCCCUGCCUUCAUUCCUUGGAUCCCUGCCUGAUGAUUGUCCCUCCUGCUCUGGGGACUCAGCGUUCUAGCAGGAAAGGUGCUGCUUCCCACGGCAGAAAGCUGGGAUCUGGCUGGGGAUUCCUGCCUUGAGCGACACCUCUGCCUUGCCUUGCAUGAAAGGGCGAGAGGCCAUCCGCUGCCCUGCUCAGGAUCUGAAGCACCCUGAAUGCUGAGAAAGUCAACUGCAAGAGUUUACCAGGGGUCUCGCCCCUGUAUCCCUUCUCUCUUCCUCAAUAAAAGUGUUGCUUUAAA